CAUGUAUAUGAAGGACGUUGUCUCAUCUCUUUCCCCCCCCCUCACCAUGCCCCCAAGCUAUGAUCCACGCUCGCGCAUCCGCUCACACUCCCGCUGCUCAACCCAUGCACCCAGCCCACACCUACUCUCACGAUGUUCGCUGCACUCCGGGCGACCUGUACCUCUGUCUACCUAUGUGAAUACCAUGGGAAGGCGGAGGAUGAGGAUAAACGGGUCGAACCAAAGCGUCUCGACCGUUGGUUGGACAAGGUCGUGAGCUUGGCAGGCUCACAGACGGUCUUUGGGUUGAUCCUCGCGGGACUCGUCGGCUGGGCUCUGCUGGGGAUCAAAUUCUCAUCGAGUGAAAAGUGGCCCGCACUCAUCUCUGACAUUCAAGCGGUUUUAUGCUAUGUCUUCGACUCGCUGCUCAUGCGACAACAGUCUAAUGGCUAUCGGUGGACGAUGGAACGCGUGAUUCGGCUCAAGUCGCGCGCUGCGAGUCACCAGAUCAUGCUGGAGCGGUUGGAGUUGAAGGUUCACCCGGUCGACCUGGAGCUGCCUCAGGAGACUCGUUUCGGACGCUUUGUCACUCGAUGCGCCCUCGUGAUGGGUCACAUCAUCACCAUCAUGCUCUACUGGGUCGCGAUCGGUGUAUGGCUAGGCUUUGGACCGAAGAACAGUUGGUCAGCUCAGUGGCUCCUCGACAUCAACUCGGCGACAUCCGCACUCAUGGUCCUCCUCUUUGCAUUCCUCGCCAACAUUCGUCAACGUCACGCCGCGUACGAAGAAGUCUGUGUCAAGGCAUUGGAGGAGAUGGACGAGGCGCUGGACAGGCGUCUGCGUGAGAUGACUGGGUACACGGACCCUUCCCCAGAGAUCACCAUUCUCCCUCCUCCCACCAACGUCGUCCAAAAGAUCAUCUACUAUUACGCCGAAGUCGUCGGCGCGCUCAUCGGGAUCGCCUCGUUGAUCAUCGUCCUCAUCGUCUGGGUCGCCAUGGGUCCAGUCGUAAAAUUCAGCAGCGGUUGGUGGCUUUUCAUCGGCACGUAUGCGGGAUUGGUCGGCAUGGUGGAUGGAUUCGUCCUGCGAAACGUCCAGGGCCAGCUACAAAGCCACGAGGAAGGGCAACUGGGAGAGAUCGCCAGGAUGGAUAGGCAGAUGCUGGCGAGGGUGGGAUGGGAAGUGGCUCAGGAGCGAUCACCAGGACGUAUGGCUCGGAUGUCUCUCGCCAUCAAUCGGGUCUGUGCGACGCAACUCAUGGUGGUCGGGGGUUUCAUCACGACCCUGGGUCUGAUCAUCGUAUCGAGUGUCAUGCGGUGGAAUCUCGUCGGGCAGCUGCUGAGUAACGUGCCGCCGAGCUUGAUCGAGAGUUUCUUCAUGUUGAUCUUGAUCACGGGGCAUAAUGAGGCGGAGGCGAGGGGAAGGAGGGCGUUGAGGGAGAUGUAUGAGGGGAGGGCGGUGCUGAGCGAGGGGGUCAAGCGACUGAGCGACCCGAAGGAGCGAAGCGAGUGAGGGAGGAGCGGGGCGAGAGAGGGAGCGGAGGAGUCAGGAGGAGUCGGAGGAGUCAGGCCGAGUCAAAGAGCAAAGCGAUGCGAGGGAGUCAGGAGCCACGAAACCGAGUCAAAGGGGGGAUCGAGCCACGGUUGAGAAGGACGAAGGACAUGUGCAACGUCAGAGCAGCCCAUCAGUUACACCCUCAUGCAUGAUCGGCCCAUUUUGCUCCCGU